AUGUAUCGGAAGUUGUCUAAGUUAGAACACUCGGAAAUAAAACAACUUCUUACAGAAGCUAACAUAGAAGUAGCAAAACAUUACGCAACAAACAAAAAAGCACUCGCUGACAUCCUCAAUGACUAUAAUGGUGCAAUAAGUUAUGAUAGAAUUCAUGAGUUCAUAAAGCCGCAACGCGGCGAGGACGAAGUCCAUGCAAGAGCAUUUCCUUUAAAUGACAUUGCUAUUGACUUAUAUCAUAGACGUUCAGUACCUCAUGAAGUAAGAAGAGAAAUGUUUGACAUAACAAAUGCAAACGUUGGUGAAACAAGAAGAAGAGACGACACACUGAAACAACAGAGAAGAGAGAU